AUGACGGACCAGUUGGCGGAUCAGCUGCGCGAUUCCAGCAUCAGCGAUAGCCCUGCAGACUGGAAGCAAAAGCUAAACAUCCCUACCAAAGACGGAAGACAACAAACCGAGGAUGUCACAAAAACGAAAGGACUCGAGUGGGAGAACUUUUCACUUAAGCGCGACCUGUUGAUGGGCAUUUUCGAAGCCGGCUACGAGAAACCCUCCCCGAUCCAAGAAGAAGCCGUCCCUGUAGCCUUGACCGGCAGAGAUAUCCUUGCGAGAGCCAAGAACGGAACCGGCAAGACAGCUGCCUUUGUUGUACCUGCAUUAGAACGCAUCAACCCAAAAGUCGCCAAGAUCCAAUGUCUCAUACUUGUACCUACUCGAGAGCUUGCAAUGCAGACAUCUCAGGUCUGCAAGACUCUGGGCAAGCACCUGGGAAUCAACGUCAUGGUCACAACUGGUGGUACUGGAUUGAGGGACGAUAUUAUCCGUCUGCAGGAUCCUGUCCACAUAGUCGUGGGCACUCCCGGACGCAUUUUGGAUCUGGCUGGAAAGAAUGUCGCUGACCUUAGCGAGUGCCCCAUGUUCAUCAUGGACGAAGCCGACAAGCUCCUCUCCCAAGAAUUCACACCCGUCAUCGAGCAGCUGCUGCGAUUCCACCCUAAGGACCGCCAGGUCAUGCUCUUCUCCGCUACUUUCCCCCUGUCCGUCAAGGACUUCUCCGACAAGAACAUGGUCAACCCCUACGAGAUCAACCUCAUGGACGAACUCACCCUCCGCGGUAUUACGCAAUACUACGCUUUCGUCGAGGAGAAGCAAAAGGUUCACUGCUUGAACACUCUCUUCUCUAAGCUCCAAAUCAACCAGUCCAUCAUCUUCUGCAACUCCACGAACCGUGUCGAGCUACUCGCCAAGAAGAUCACCGAGCUCGGCUACUCGUGUUUCUACAGUCAUGCCAAGAUGGCUCAGCAUGCCCGAAACCGAGUUUUCCACGACUUCAGGAACGGCGUGUGCAGAAACCUUGUCUGUUCUGAUCUUCUGACUCGUGGUAUUGAUAUUCAGGCUGUCAAUGUCGUCAUUAACUUUGAUUUCCCUAAGAAUGCCGAAACCUAUCUACACCGUAUCGGUCGGUCUGGACGAUAUGGUCACUUGGGUCUUGCCAUCAACCUGAUCAACUGGGAUGAUCGUUUCAAUCUCUACAACAUUGAGCGCGAUCUUGGUACCGAGAUUCAACCCAUUCCUGCCACCAUCGAUAAGGCCCUCUACGUUUACGAGAACCCCGAGAACAUUCCUCGCCCCCCUCGCCAAGGCGGCCGGGGCGAUGGUCAACCUCGUCAGCCUCGUGGUAACUAUCGUGGAGGUAACCAAGGAGGCCGCGGACGAGGUGGGUUUCAAGGUCGUGGUGGAUACAACAACUACCGGGGUGGUGGUGGUGGUGGUGGUAAUGGCCGACCUCAACAACCUCAGCAACCUCAGCAAUCUCAGCAACCUCUAUAA